UCUACAUUUUCCACCAUCACUUUUGUACUAUACUUUGUAGAAUAAAAGAUAUCUCUGCAGGUUCUGUGCAUGAAUAUUAGGCGACUAAGAAAGCGGGGGUUGCUGAAGAUGAAUCACUUUUGUUUUUCUUUUGGGCAGAGAAAAAAGUCACGGAUCGCUGACGCUUCCUAUAAAAGGGGUGGAUAGCAAUUUUUUGUAUCUUGUAUCGAAACGAUUGACUAGGAGGCGCGAUGAGUGACAAAGAAAAUGACCCUGUGAACGAGCAACAACGGUUGGCGGAAGAAUACAACACAUGGAAAAGUACGGCACCGUAUCUGUACGAUGUACUACUGACAAAGACGUUGAUAUGGCCUUCAUUGACCUGUCAAUGGUUACCGCGUAUUACAAGGGAAAAUGGGUUUGCAAGACAGGAAUUGAUGGUGGGCAGCCACACCAAUGACGAGGAGCCCAACUAUCUUCAAUUCUUUAAUGUAGAUACACCAGUGAAAAACGACGAACAGAACAACAAGGCGCGAUUGUAUGCGACCCAACAGAUAUAUCAUGAAGGCGAAGUGAAUGCCGCGCGUUAUCAGCCGAGCAAUUCAGAGAUCCUUGCAACGAAAACGCGGGAUGGAGAUGUUCUCGUGUUUGAUCGUACGAAAACAGCUUCAUCGACCGAUACAACGUGCCAUCCCAUGCUUCGAUUGAAAGGUCACACCACCGAAGGAUAUGGCCUAGCCUGGAAUCCCCAUCCUUCCAAAUCCAACCAUUUACUAAGCGCAGGAUAUGAUCACAUCAUUUGUCACUGGGAUAUCGGUAUGUCCACACCAGAUAAAGACAAUACAUUACAGCCUUAUCAGCAAUACAAGGGACAUGAUGCAUGUGUGGAGGAUGUCAGUUGGAGUGCCGGCGACGAUUCCGUAUUUGCGUCUGUGGCAGAUGAUAUGAAAUUAAUGAUAUGGGAUACGCGCACACCAUCGAGACCCGUGCAACAAGUUCAGGCACAUGAUGGGGAAGUGAACAGUGUCGCGUUCAAUCCGAAACAAGAAUGGCUGAUUGCGACGGGUUCGUCAGAUAAGACGAUUGGUUUAUUCGAUUUACGCAAAUUGCAAACGAAAUUGCAUUCGCUGGAAAUGCAUGAGGGCCAAGUAUCACAAGUGGAAUGGAAUCCUCAUGAACCUUCCGUCCUGGCGUCCGCGGCCGAUGAUCGUAAAAUCAUCAUUUGGGAUUUAUCGCGUAUCGGUCAAGAACAAACCCCCGAAGAUGCAGAAGAUGGUCCACCUGAAUUGAUGUUCAUGCACAGCGGUCAUACCAGUAAAAUUUCGCAGUUUGAUUGGAAUCCAACCGAGCCUUGGAUGAUUGCAAGUACGGCAGAAGAUAACGUCGUGCAAGUAUGGCAAAUGUCAAGGAAAAUCUACGCAGAAGGCGAUAAAUUGACGCUUACAGCGAAUGAUUUGGAAUAAAAAAAAAAAAAAGAAAAAAAAAAACAGG